GACCUUGUUAUGUUUUAAAGUCAAACUAACAUGUUUUCAACGUUCAGUAUCAAAAUACGAGACUCAAACUCGAUUUGCAGUGCUGUAGAAGUAAGGGAAAAUGAAAUUUGUUGCACUAUUAUCAUUAUUUGUUGUCUCAGGUUUCACCGAGAAAACUGAGAAAGAGUGGAUUUCAGUGGUGGAAAACAUCGGUUUCUUCCAGGCUCUAGCAAUUCAGUACUUAUCAAUUUUUGAUCCAUGGAAGUGUCCACAGUGGUCUCCUGAAAAUUUGGAGAAAGAAAACGAUAAAGCCAUUGAAUGUGUCAAGAAUAUACGAAAUAACAGUUCCUUUUGCGACACCUUUGUCCAUCAUUUCAAGCCUUGCGUUCAAGGACUGCUGGAGGAGGUCAAAAAAUGUGAAGCACCUGACGAAAUCGCUUUUAAAAACAUGAUUCUCGAUUCGUCUGUUGAGGAGGCUAGAUUCAUAUGUGGUGUUGAUGGAGAACAUAUUUUGGAAAUAUGGAAUCCAUGUGUUAUUGAUAGUGUUCAAUUGAGCAAUGGUUGCAGAAAGAACAUUACCAGACCUUUGGGACACACAAUAUACCCAACAGCUAUUUGUAGUAACUUCUCAAGCUUACAGAAAUGUUUCGAAAACCAACUGCAACAAGAAUGCCGAAAUGAAUUGACUAGAACUACCUUACAUGAUUUAUUUUCUGUUAAUGUUGAACCAUGCAACGCAGUCAUGAUGGUAUAUUUCGAACUGGCAGAAUAUCUGCGUUGAAUACUUAACAUUGUGGUUGUUUCAUCUACUUUCACCUUGAAAAUUCAAUAGUCACAAAGAAAAUGUAUAUCUGAGAAUUACAUCACAAAAACAAAGACAAUUUUUUGAAAACACAACAAUUUGUGUUUCAAAUUACCUAUAUCAUCUUACCUCAAAUACCAAAUUUACAUAGUACGUAGUUGAUGUUUCUAAAACACUUGUCCAAAAAUAAUUGUUGAACAAGUUUUUUUCAAAUAAAGAGUAUUAGAAUUCAGUUGACUAUUUUUGUUCAGAGCCUACUUAUCAUUCAGAAAUAGCAACUCAAAAGAGCCCCUAACCUUUUCGGAAGUAGCAGCGAAAACAUAUUAGGACAACUUUUCUCAAACAAAUACAUAUACUGAAAAAUGGUGACGAGCUGUUUUAGAUUUUUGUGUGUACUAGGCGAAUAUUGACUGAAUUGAAUGAUCAAAAAGAAG